AUGGAACUGGGGCCGCGGGACUGCAGCAAAAGCAUGAAUCAACCUCAUCAUCGGCCACGCAAUAUUGCCUACUGCACCGACUGGGGGAGAGGCCGAGGGCGAUUUGCAGCAACACUCACGCUUCUGCUUCUUUGGAGCGUAAGCUUGAUUUUGUUGGAAGCACCAACGGUGGAGGGCAAAGGCGUGCAUGUCACACUGCUGGCGCCAUGGACAGAAACACCGCUCCUACAGGAAGGAUGUGAAAUGGUGGCGGCACGCGGUGCUCACUUCGUUGGGUUCUACCAAUGUAUGCAGGACGUUUGGAAACGCGUUCAAGCCAUGAACAGCAGCGGCGGUGCCGCGAAGCUGACGCAAAAGUCCCAGUACGAUAUAUUGCUAGAUAUGAUGGAACAGGCCAAUUGGCCGCCCACUCAAGUAAAGCUGGCAAAAAUGAAGCUUGCGGCCCGGCUGUAUUCCCCUGUCAUUGAAGCGCACUGGCAGCUUGCGAGAAAAGCGAAGCAACUUAUCGACGGAUGUUCCACCGAAGGAGGACCCUUUGUACUUACCGCAGGAAAAGUCAUUUGCAGUGAAGAUCUUCUUGAGGAGACGUUAUCAGCUCCGGCCCCUGUUAAUGAAACCCAAGACAGCCAUGAGGACGAGGCGUUCUCUCUGUUUGCCGAGCUUGACCAAAUGCAUCCAAACGCCAAAGGGAGCCGUGUUGUCAUCCUUUACGGAGUCGUCGGAGAGGAACAGACGAUGCAGCUUCUUCAAGUUGUCGAGCGUCACCUACACGCUGUUCGCCUGGCGUUUCGACACCUUCCCAUAUCGGGACGGAUGUGGGAACACCCUCUCCACGUUCAGGGUUACGCUGUGACAGUCGACUUGAAGAACGUUGAGUACAAAGUAAUUGAUGAAAAGGAUAAAAAUGAUGCGGGAACGGAUGCCAACGAUGCGAACACUGUAGAAGAAAUCGAAAGCAUAGAUUCGGUGGGCGGGUUCAAUCUUACACUGUUAACUCAGCGGUAUCCUCAGCUCAAACCACAAUUGAACGCAUUUGCGAGUCACCUCGUGGAUAUGAUUGACCGAGAUGAAGUAAAGGUGGAUUUUCAAAUGUGGGAAACUCAGUACAUGGGUAUCGCCGCCGCGCAGUAUGUGAUGGACGCAGAGAAUGAGAAGCGGCUGAAUGUAUUGAUGAAUUUGCUGACGAAAUUCCCACUUCAUGCAUCCAAACUUUCCAAAAUGGGCGCCACGGUGAGAGCGAAAAUGAACAAAAAAAUGCAUGAGGAACUGAUGGAAUUUGCGAGCGUGGUGCGUUCAGGCACAUCGCCAGUUUUUCUCAAUGGCCGAAAUUUGGCAGUGGAAAAACUUAAUCUUUUCUCUUUGCUUCAGAAACUGGAUGAGGAAGAGCAGCUGCUGGAGGGUGUGCAACGGGUCUUCACCAGUUACCGCCUCCCUUCAGUCAAUGACGAUGGGUUUCUCUCGGCCAAAACAGAUGCGUUACAUCAGGCGAUGGAGUCAUUCAGGCGAAGCGUGCACCGGUACAUCGCGUCCAAUGGUUUGGAGGAUGGGGAAUCGGUGCCACGCAUAUGGUUGCCCCAGCGGAGUGUUCUUUGGCUUAACAACAUUCAAAGAGACGUCAACUAUAUUUACAUGCCCGCUGCCCUUGAGGCCAUACUGCAUUUAAACAUCAAUGGCGUGCCCGUAAUUCCACGGAAAAAUCUUAUCCAUGCCGUUUGUGUUGUGGACCCCACGACCUUCGCGGGCCUGCAGAAUAUAUUUACCAUCUUGAAAUUAGAGGAAUCCAAGCAACCAGUUCGUUUGGGAAUUGUGUUUGCAGAUAACAAGUGGUCUCCGGAAUUGUCUGUCUUUACAAGGGGUAAUGAUUUUAUAACGGAUAUGUCUCUUUCGGGCGUCACCGUAAUUAUUGCCGCAACCGUGUGGGAACUUUUGAAAGGGGAAGAACACCCGCAGGAUGUAUUGGAAUUCCUUUCGGAAGUCGUGCAAGCCAGGAGUACGCGCGGUAAUCUUGAAGAAGAUGAGAUAAAAAUGAUCUCCUCGAAUAUUCUCACGUUGGCAGGGAAAACGACUCUGGAUAAUAUUUUAACGGACGCAAGUUUUGUGGAAUAUUAUCAGGAUACACAGAUGAAACUUCGUGAAAUGAAACUAGACGCAUCUCCUUUUACGCUCCUCAAUGGAAAAAUGUUCCGGGGAAACAUGCUGCACGCUCUUCGCCAAAAUUUCAUGGAGGAAUUACAUUAUGUGCGUGGGCUGGUCCAAAGCGAUGCGUUAACGGAGCGUGACGAUGACGAUUUUUACGAAUCUAUUCUUCGUUUGAGCGGAGCGCGUGAACGGUAUAAUGAAGCUUUUUACAGUGAAAAGUUUUACGCCGACUGGACGUCAAAGCCCGUCCUUGAUUUUCUUCUUCACCGGCCGUUUCUGCUUCCUACAAUAAGGUCGAAGAAGACGCCGCUAGUGAGCAGUGUCCUGACCAUACAAUCUCCCAUGGGAGAAGCAGCCCUUGACGCCCUCGUGAAGACCAUCAGAAAUCUUUUGCAAUGUGAAGAUGAAACGCAGAAAUGCGUUAAUGUGCGCUUUACUUAUGUCGUUUGCGACGUGGCGAAAGAAUCUAAACGCCGCACAAUGGCUGGGGAUUUGGAACGUCUGAUAGUGCGACGCAAAGGGGGGGACGAUGGGAAACAACACGUUCAAUGGGUGUAUGACUUUCUUCAAAAGAUUGCCGCACAGAACAACACACGGCAGUUAAUGGAUCCUGAUUUGUAUGAAGAGUUAGUUGCGGAAGUGAACUUCUCCUCCGAGGUAAAGAAGCUUUUGGACGCUUCAGAUGAGGGCUUGGAUGCCCAAUUGCAGGUGCAGCGUGGGAUUGUAAAUGGCUUCUGUGCGCAACUGGAGGCCGAUUCCCUCUCUACGUCGUCGUUAUCGGCUAAUGGUGCAGCAGCGGGGAGGGAGAAGGGAAACAAGGAAGGCGCAGUGUACUACUAUGUGAAUGGUCGCCGCUUUGUGUAUGACGACAGCUUUUUGGAAGAAGAUUUUAGGACUGCGGAGGAGAUGGAGAUGCUUUUGGCCGGAGCAGUUUCGGAGGCACUCAGUAAGGUGGAAUUCACGACAAUGAGCAGCGAGUUGGAACCAAGCGACCUUGAAAGCCACUUCUAUGCCUCCAAAGUGGCUGCGCUCUCGGAGGUGUUGAGGCGCGAUGCCGCUCGUGGUUCUCCGAUGCAAGAGGAAAAUCAUCUGCCUUCGACAUCCGGCCUGACGUCAUUUGUUGUGAAGCCCGCGAAUGGUGAUACGGUGCCGCGGCACACGCUGACGGUUGUUAUUGACCCCGUUGCGCAACAGUCCCAGUUUCUCAUUUCGUUGUGUGAUUAUGUCACCCGCUCGCCACUCGGCGUUUCCUGCACCGUGCAUAUGGGCGCGACUGAGCACGCUUCUAAGCUCAUGCGCAAUUUUUACCAGUUUGUCAGUGAAAUGGAGCUGCGAUUUGACGCGGUGGGGGGAGUCGUGCCACCGGCCGCGGUGUUCCACCGGUUGCCGUCGAAACAUUUGUUGACGCUUGGUAUCGAGGAGCCGGAGAGUUGGACGGUGUUCUCAUUGGAUGCCAAGUACGAUCUUGACAACAUUCUUCUGGAUAAACUGCCGUCAUCUUCACAGUAUUUACAUGCCGUUUACCGCAUCAACUCUAUUCUCCUCACCGGCAGUGCAAGAGAUGCCGAACAGCCGAAUCCUUCGCGCGGUUUGCCACUUUUAAUACGCUCUACAAAAACGAACCCGGAAGCUGGUGUCACCCGCGACACACUUGUCAUGGCCAUUAUGGGUUACUUCCAACUGCAAAGUAGUCCCGGUGUUUGGUAUCUCACUGUGCAGCCGGGAGAUAUUGCGAAGAUCUUCUACAUCUCCCAGGUCGAUGACAUUCCCGUGAAUGAUGGGGCAAACAAGAACCAUCACGGCAGGUUUAAUUAUACAGCAGGGCAGAACAUUCCCGUGGUGGUUUCCUCAUUUACUGGAAAGUUCUUGAUGCUUGGUGUUUCAAAAACACCGGGUCACGAGGAAGUAUCUAUCGAAGAUGUCAAUGAGGCAUCUGCUUUGCAUGUAGAUUGGCCUCCAAAGGGUCCAAUAAAGAGCAAACCGGAUCGCCCAACACUCAACAUCUUUUCUGUGGCCUCAGGACAUCUUUACGAACGUUUUUUACGCAUGAUGAUUCACAGCGUUAUGCGGACCUCUUUUGACGUUCAUGGCGCGAAUACGACUCGAAUUAAAUUCUGGCUGAUUGAAAAUUUUCUCUCCCCUCAGUUUAAGACGCUUGUACCAUUGUUGGCGAAGCAUUACGGUUUUGAUGUAGGCUUUGUGACGUAUCGCUGGCCAUGGUGGCUCCAUAAACAGACAGAGAAGCAGCGCACGAUUUGGGCCUACAAGGUUCUUUUUCUUGAUGUUCUGUUUCCCUUGGAUGUCGAUCGCGUCAUUUUUGUUGAUGCGGAUCAGACCGUUUUGGCGGAUCUGCAUGAACUAUACAACAUGGACAUUGGAAACGCCCCGACCGCGUAUACCCCCUUCUGCAGGAAACAUCCGAACCCGGCCACGAAAAACUUUCGGUUCUGGGAUCACGGAUAUUGGCUUGAACAUCUGCACGGGAAGCCGUACCACAUCAGUGCCAUUUACCUCGUCGACCUGCGACGGCUGCGGGCGAUAGCAGGUGGCGACAAGUACCGCUUGGUGUACAGCCGACUGAGCUCUGACCCCAACAGCCUGGCAAACCUGGAUCAGGACCUCCCCAACUUCAUACAGGAUCAGGUGCCGAUUUAUUCCCUUCCAGAGGAGUGGCUCUGGUGCGAGACGUGGUGCGGGGCGGAGAGCAAGGCGCGGGCCAAGACGAUUGAUCUCUGCAACAACCCGCUGACGAAGAUGCCGAAACUCGACAACGCCAGGCUCAUCAUACCGGGCUGGGAGGAAACCGACACCGAAUUGGAGGCCCUCUCAGAAAAACUUCUUCAGCAGCAAAAGCAGCAGAUAAGUUGA